AUGCCGCGGCCCACGCUGGUGCCCCGGGCCCUCGUCUCCCUGGUGGGGCUGCUCCGGCUGCUGCAGGUGCUCCUGAGCUGCACCACCUUCAGCCUGGCAGCCUCGGGCCACCACCCGGAGGCCCCCUUCGGCGUGUGGUGUCUGUGCUCCUGGGGCCUCUGCAGCUUGUUGUCUCUGGCCGUCCUGGGGCUGGAGCUCCUGGGCCUGGGCCCCCAACUGCCCCUGUCCUGGGAGGACUUCACGGCCACCGUGGCCCUGCUGGGCACCUUGCUGACCUUCACCGCCUCCAUCAUGUAUCCCAGUGUCUUUGUGCCGAAAGGACUCGAGGGCUGGCGCUACCAGGCCACGGCCACGGCCACGGCCCUGUCCUGCCUGUGCUUUGUGACCUACGCGGCGGAGGUGGGGCUGAGCAGGGCCAGGCCGGGCCAGCUCCGGGGCUUCCUAUCCACCACGCCCGGCUUGCUGAAGGUGCUGGAGGCCUUCGUGGCCAGCGUGAUCCUGGCCCUGGUGGACGUGGGCCAGAUGUAUGCCAACAGCGCGGGGCUGCAGUGGUGCAUGGCCGUGUUCUGCGUCUGCUUUGUGGUCUCGGUGCUCAUCAUCGGGCUCAGCGUGGGGCAGCUGCUGGACGCCCCACCCUGGCCCGCGGACCGCACCCUGCUGGCCCUGACCGGCCUGGCGACGCUCCUCUACCUCUCGGCCGCCGUCACGUGGCCUGUCUUCGCGUUCAGACCCGCCCCCCCAGAGCACCAGUUCGGCCCCGCAGUGGGAGCCACCGUACUCACCUGGGUCAACCUCGGGGCCUACGCUGCGGACCUGGUCGUCUCUAGCCGCAUGGUGUUCUUCGCGGGGUCCCCAUAG